AUGUCCGCUAACGGCAAGUCUGCCACUUCUCCCUCCGCCCAGGCUUGGGGCCAGCCUGACACGAAUGUCCCGGUCGACGACACCGAGACCUCGACCACGGUCACGAAGAACCACCGCAACCGCCAUAAGAAGAACAGCUCCCCCUCCCUUCUCUCCCUCUCCGGAAACGCGUCCACUCCCAACUCGCAGCCCACCUCGGCUACUCCCGCGCCCCAGGUGGUCAUCGACGCCAGCGCGUACCCUCACAUCCUCCGAGCGAUUUUCGACCGCGCCCCCUUCGAAGCCCUGCUGGUGCUGGGUCAAGGUUGUAAGGAAUUCCACGACCUGGCCAACUCGCACCUCACCCACCAUCUUGUCAUUGCUAGUAACAUCGUCCAGAGUGCCCGGGGAGGCGUGCCGCCGACAUUCUUCCCCCCUAAUGGGCAUGCACCAGAACUCGCAUCAUCGACGUUGGCGACGGUUCGAGGCGGCCUGCCUGUGUUCAAGAACGACCGCCACCUCCGUGGCUUCGACUUUCCACCUUCGGUCAACAAGAUCGUCGUCAACGUCCCAUGGUGCGUUCGCGACAAGAGCCACGCCUACCGCGGGGUCUUCUUCUCUUCUGCAGCCGACUACGUAGUCGUCUUCGUCGAAACCAACUUGUACGCGCCCCCUCGCUACGUACGCCCCAACAUCCUCCGGCCUCUCCUCGGCGCCUACGCGGUAGGCUUCAAGAUCGCGCACAACUCCAGCCGCCCUGGACCCCGCUCCAUCACCUUCGUGGGCUUACCUUCGGACAACCUGUUCCGCAAGAGUGAGCAUCUCACCACGGAGGAGUGCUGUGUCUCUGCGACAGACUUCCUCCGGGGUCGUCUGGACAAGCUGGUCGACGACGACAUCCUCUCCGUACCCAGGGUCGACGAGAUCAUCGGAAACGUCAACUUCCUUUCGGGGGCGGAUUACCGUGCCACCGUCUCGUACAGGCAGUACCUGCUGGAGACGAGUGUGAGCCCCUACAACCUUGUUUAG